AUGGAAUCUGUUGAGGCAAGAAAGAAUCAUAGCCAGACGAGCAGAGCUCAUAAGCAUCAGAAACAGAGAAGCGCCAAUGGAAGAAAUGCUCCAGUUCCUGCCCCACUUCCUCUUCCUUAUUAUGAAUCAAGCAUCUUCAAUAUUUUGUCCUUUGGAGCCAAAGGUGAUGGAGUUUCUGACGAUUCCAGGGCACUUUUAGCAGCAUGGAAGGCGGCUUGCAUGGUUCCGGGAGCAAUUGUAGAAAUUCCAUCAGAAUUUAAGUUUCUUAUAAAGCCCCUAACACUUCAAGGCCCAUGUAUGCCACUGGUUUUUCAGAUAGAUGGGCUUCUUUUAGCUCCUCCAAAAGUUGGUUCAUGGCCAAAAUCAAGUUUGUUUCAAUGGAUAAACUUUAAAUGGGUUCACAACUUCACCAUCCAAGGUUCUGGUAUGGUUGAUGGCCAAGGCUCUAAUUGGUGGAAUUCUCAAAUCGAUUAUGUUCAGAGGCUAUCCAAACACAUUCUCGGUAUGCAACCAACUGUUUUGAGAUUCUAUGCCAGCUAUAAUAUCACGGUACGUGACAUUAGAAUCAUAAAUAGUCCUCAGUGCCACCUAAAAUUUGACAACUCUGGAGGGGUGAAGGUCAGCAACAUCACAAUUUCUGCACCAGAGAGCAGCCCAAACACCGACGGGAUUCACCUGCAAAACACCCAAGAUGUAGAAAUUCAGCAUUCUAACAUCAGCUGUGGCGAUGACUGUGUGUCGAUGCAGACUGGUUGCUCUAAAAUCCAUGUGCAUCAUAUAAAUUGUGGCCCUGGUCAUGGUAUAAGUUUAGGAGGAUUAGGGAAAGAUAAAAGUAUUGCUUGUGUCUCGGACGUCAUCAUUGAGAACAUCUCUAUGCAAACCACUAUGUAUGGAGUAAGGAUCAAGACAUGGCAGGGUGGUAUUGGAUCUGUUAAGAAUGUUUCAUUCUCAAAUAUUCAAGUCUCUGAUGUUAAGGUCCCCAUAAUGAUUGAUCAGUACUAUUGUGACAAGAAUUUCUGCAAGAACCAAACAGGAGCCGUGGCGAUAUCUGGUGUGAAAUUUGAUCAGAUAAUUGGGACUUAUUCAGCACAACCAAUUCAUCUAGCAUGUAGCAAUGCCGUUCCCUGCACUGACGUUGAUCUAAUUGAUAUUCAGCUAAAACCUUCACCGGGUUAUCAAGGAUUUGAACAGGCAUUGUGCUGGAACUCGUAUGGGAAAUCACAAGAACCUCUUGUUCCAUCAAGCAUGGACUAUUGCUUAAGAAGUGGAGGUGGUUCUGUGAAGGAAAUAGCAGCAAGAUCACAUGUGCCUGUUUGUUAA